CUUUGCUUGGUGUGUGAGCGGCGUACUUGUAUUUGACCAUGUUGGAAGACUUUAAUCACUAGAACGCAGGUUAUUAAAAAGGUAUCGCUGGAUUAAACAAACCUGCUGGGCACAAUGUUGGCUACAGGGGCUGCUGUGACCACAGCACUGGCACAGGUGGACAGAGAAAAGAUCUACCAGUGGAUCAAUGAGCUGUCCGGUCCAGAGACCAGAGAGAAUGCUCUGCUGGAGCUCAGCAAGAAGAGGGAGUCCGUGCCAGACCUGGCGCCCAUGCUGUGGCACUCCUGUGGAACCAUAGCGGCCCUGUUGCAGGAAAUUGUUAAUAUCUACCCAUCAAUCAACCCCCCUACCCUGACAGCACACCAGUCCAACAGAGUAUGUAAUGCCCUGGCCCUCCUCCAGUGUGUUGCCUCACAUCCAGAGACAAGGUCAGCUUUCCUGGCUGCUCACAUCCCACUCUUCCUCUACCCAUUCUUACACACAGUCAGUAAAACACGGCCAUUCGAGUACCUCCGCCUCACCAGUUUAGGGGUCAUCGGUGCUUUGGUGAAAACAGAUGAGCAGGAAGUGAUCAACUUUCUGUUGACCACAGAGAUAAUUCCCCUGUGCCUUCGCAUCAUGGAGUCUGGAAGUGAACUCUCUAAAACGGUUGCUACCUUCAUCCUUCAGAAGAUUCUCCUGGAUGACACGGGGCUGGCGUACAUCUGUCAAACAUAUGAGCGCUUCUCCCAUGUUGCUAUGAUUCUUGGGAAAAUGGUCCUCCAGCUCUCCAAGGAGCCCUCAGCCCGCCUGCUCAAGCAUGUGGUGCGAUGUUACCUACGGCUGUCUGACAACUCCAGAGCUAGAGAAGCUCUGCGGCAGUGCCUCCCCGACCAGCUCAAAGACACCACCUUCGCCCAGGUCCUGAAGGACGACACCACUACUAAACGCUGGCUGGCCCAACUGGUAAAGAACCUGCAGGAGGGUCAGGUCACCGAUCCCCGGGGUUUACCUCUCCCCCCGCAGUGACAGCUCCCCUCUUUCCUUCCCCCAAAAAACACACCAGCCAGAAACUGCCUAACAGACGACACGCCCAUAAUCACAGAUGCAUGGAGGCAUUGUUUUUAAAGCCUUGAAGAGCCUGCUGCCUGGUUGUGUUUAUGUUCAAGGGUGUAGACAAGCAGCUCAUCUUCUGCAGGUCUGCAUCUCCACUUUCAAAGACAUUUACAUUCAUGGCCUCAAACUGUUGCACAGUAAACUGUUGCACAGUGUAUAAAAGUGUCAACAUUUUGUUUCUGCUGAUAUUAUAUAUAUUCAUAUAUGCACAUAUGUACAUAUAUGCAGAUUACAAAGGGAAAAAAUUGCCCCCACAGUGAGGGGAGUUAUUCAUUGGACAGUAUCUUGCUGCCAUAGUUUGGGUCCAGACUAAAGUAGUUAUAAUCACAUGAAAAAGAACAUUUUCACAGUUAAUUACAGUCCUGUGAAAAAUGAAGUAGACUCCAAUAACUUGUAGAAGCACCUUUAGCAGCAAUAAGUUGAAGUAAUCCUUUAGAUGAAGUAAUCCUUUUCUAUGACUUUGAUCAUUGUGGAGGGAUUAUGGCCCACUAUUCUUUAAUUCAAUUCAAUUCAAUUCAAUUUUAUUUAUAUAGCGCCAAAUCACAACAAACUGUCGCCUCAAGGCGCUUUGUAUUGUGGGUAAAGACCCUACAAUAAUACAGAGAAAACCCA